CGUGGAGUACGUCAAAUGGUAAAACGUCGGGCGUUGCACAAUGUACGUAUCGGGCCACGUCGAACAAUGGACGCAACGGCGCGUAGGGGAACCGGAAGCACGUACAGGAACGCCGAACACCCGGGGAUCCGCGCGCACCAGCGCACGCUCUCCUCAUUGUCGGGAUAUUCGCUGUCGCGGAUAGUCGAUCCGCUCGGCGCGACGAACGUUCGAAAAUACGCGCGAGACGAGCUCCAAAAGUGCCCAAGAGGACUUUUGGUUCCUUUUUGGUUUCAUUCGCGAUCGGUCGGAUUCUCCGCGUCGAUGAAGCCCCUCCGCUCGACGAUAACGAUGACGACACGUCGAAGUUGAUUUUCCGCGAAGUCGAGUCCCUGGCUGCAUUGUGAGCUACCUUCCGAGGAUGAAAGCGUAAAUUGCUGGCGCGCGUUGCCUCAACGUCCGUCUAUCGAAACCGCCGAAAGUCUUGCUCCACUACGCUACUGGAAGUAAUUUUCCGCGAAACUAGAAAUCCGCUCUAUUGUUCGCAUAUGAGAGCGGCGACGAUAAGGAACGAAAACUUAAACGCGCAUUAUUCGACGUCGCAACGAUCACCGGAGAGACCGACGGCAUUUCUAUUCAACGUUGGAAAUUAAUUUUCCGCAUGGGGCUCGGAGAGCUCGGACUGUCCUCUAUUUUAAAAACGACAACGUGAAAUUGGAAAUUUAUAGAAUCGAGUAACGCGUUGAACGGACAAGUUUACGAGACAGAAAAAUAUUAGCGGUCAAGAGUUUGGUGCGACAAAUAUCUCGAAAAAGGAUAAAGGAAAACUCUAAAGAAAAAAGUACGCGCGCACGAAAGUGCGUAAAUGAAAAAAAAAUAAUCUGUACAUCUAAAGAGAAACAAGUGAAAAGUAAGGUGCGAGUCUCAUGAAAUAUGUAUGAAUUAGAGUAAAACAGGGGAAGAGACAAAGCCGAUAAAAAAAAAACCUUUGACAGCUUUGAUUGAGAAGAACAAAGCUGGAAAAGCAGAUAGAUCAAACGGACAGGUUCGUCGUUCUUACUUUUACUCGAUGACAAUAGCGCGAGGCGUUCGCGUUGAUAUUCAUUGUGAGACCGAGCUGAAGCUGAACGACCGAUGAAACAUUUCUUUCUGAGGGUCCUCUGCGGGAGAAAGCGAGAGAAACGGAAGAACUCGAAGAACUCGAGAGGAACGAAACGGGUGGUCGUCGAUGACGGACAUUGCGCCUGUUGCUUGGCACCGUUUCUAGUCGGCCGCGGCGUGCGUUGCAGCGAUUGCGGCGCCAGAUCCUGCAGGAAGGCCUGUUCGCGUUGGGACACGUCCGAGAAUGCCUGGCACUGCAUAUUCUGUCAUCAACAAAGAGCGUGGCUGAAGAGGAAUGACAAGUGGUUCGACAAUUUCGGCGGCACGGCGAACGAGGAGGAGGAGCUGCACAGCUUCUUCGGCACCGCGAAAUCGCGAGUCUACGUUGCAGGACAUGCAGCCGCGAAUGUGGAGCAGAAUCUGGAGGAUCGGGAAGAGAGGCGCAUGGUACACGCGGUCCGAAAUUUUGUCGAGAAGAUAGUCGACGGCCUCGUUGAAAACGUGGAUGACACGCCGAUCGAUCGGCUCUACGAGGAUUCCGAGUAUGACAAGUUUCUGGAAGAACACCGUCCCCCGUUGACCGCCGCUUUAACUAGAUUGGCUACCUGCCUGGAAGUGUCUCUCACGAACAAACCAUCCACGGAUCCACCAGCUAUGGCGCACGCGGCUCUUCGAGAGAUCGUCGAGCGAGCCGUGGAGGAAGCACGGAAAUUACCCGGAUUGAGCACAUCCGCGGAUGCCGAGCGUCCUCGAGAAGGACGCGCCGUCGCGGAUAAUAGCUACGAGGAUCUCCUCGCCACCGCGAUACUCAAUAAGGUCAUCGAAAGAUACCAAAGAGAACGGGUGGAUGGUAAUAGUAACGUUCUACACGACACAGAUUCACCUAAGGCAAAGUGUACCGCAAACGAGAGCGAACAUGGCCUCGAGGAAGAUGCGGCGUGUUACGCGUCCGAUCGUCUUGGGUCCAACGGCGCGUCGAUCGGACGGAAUGAAGAUCGUCGGGAACCGGUGUCCUUUAUGAUGGAGGAAAGGAUAGAGGAAGUGACCACGAUCACUUCGGACGAUGACGAGCCUCGAGACAACGACGCCUUGGAGUUCGGAUGCGCUCGGCGCAUCCCGUUUCCGGAAUACGGAAUGGACAUCGUUGACCCUCCGCGAGAAUUGCCCUCGCCGUCGCCGUCAUCAGCGUCGGAUUCCUCGGACUUAAAUCACAACGAGUAUCCACCUGUCAGGACGAAACGUCACGCCGCCACUUGCACAAUGGACAUAGUCUCGCCCAUCGAGUCCUGGGAGGACAAUUGGCUGUUUCAGAAGAGAAAGACCUCCCGAUCGCAACCGGACGCGGUCGCCAUGUUGGUACCGAGCUCUAACGCCGAUUACAAAGCUCUGAUCGGCGAUAGAGAUGCCGAGGAUACAUCCGAUUUGUCCGAAUGCUCGUCUACGAAGUCCGAUGAGGAGAUCGAAAAGGAACUGAUGGAGGCGAUCAAUAACGUGAUCCCGAGAACGCCCAGGAUCUCCGAAUGCGAAACGGCAAGUAACUAUACGGAUUGCAAUCAGGAAGAAACGGACAUCGCAACGCAGCUCGAGAGGGACGAAGUCGAUACCUGCCAAGUGACGGAGACAAAAACUAAAACGAACGAACGAGUGAUUGUCGGCGAGUAUUUGAACGGGAAAAAUCGUGAGGAACAUUUGAAGUCUUCGGAAAUUUCGGAAGAAAAACCAGUCAAAUAUGAAGAUGAUAAAGGAAAACAGAAUGAAAAAUCGUCUGCCUCGAUAACAAUGGCAAAAGAAGAAGACAAAGCCAAAGAGGAAACUAAGAAGAUAGAUGAAAAGACGAUUGCAAUCAUGGUGGAAAGUUCUGCGCAAAAGGAAGCAAAGACGCCUGAAAAAUCAAGUGAGAGGAGUGAUCGAGGGGAAAACAUCGACGAAAACGAAGAGCAACGAGAGAGCGAAUAUACCGAACACUACGACACGGCGAUCCAGAGACACUUAGACAGCUUGACGAAAGUCGAAGUUUACUCUGGAGAGAGCGAGAUGGUCGACCGAACGAGAAAAACAACAGAUGAACAGCUGAGGAAAUCGGAGAACAACUCGACCGAUGAACAAAGCAAACGCUCAGAAACCGAAGUCCAAUUGUCUUAUGCAACGAUCGACGGGAAUCAUGACAUGACAAGUGAAAAUGAUCCAUUAAGCGCCCCACCACGACCAGGCACAAUAGCAGAACGUGAGCACAAAAAGUGGGAAAACGCACCGCCGAUUGAAAAUAAUCCCUAUAGUGAGGAGAGCAUACGAAAACGAUGCUUGGAGAGGCAAUAUUCGAGAAAUUCGGACAUCCCAGGAGUCCAUUACGAAUUAACAAAGCUGAACGAAGCGAAUCUGGAGGCACUCCUGACACCCGAACGCCCAGAUAUCAAACGAUUCGGCAGAGAUUACUACAUCAAUCAGUCGAAGGCAGCCAGUGGGGAGCGGCAGGAGCGGGCCAGGUCGAUGUCCUCGAUGUCGAGCAGACCGAGCAGCUCGCUGUCCCAGCAAUCGAGCUGCGCCGGCGACGAGCAACGCGAACGACAGGUGAGUCACCGCGAGCUCGAGCGAUUCGAAGCCGCCUCGCUGCGCGGCAGCCUCCCUAGACGAUGCUGUCGCGACCCCCGCGCCAGUCCGCACUUCGCGAUCAACCCUCUUCUGCAUCUGGAAUCCGCGAGCGAUCGGUCGCGCCGCGGUGACGGCGAGCGAGUCGAGAAUCUCGUGACGAACGGAAACGACGUGCGAACGGCGCGUCCCGAGGAGAGGAAAAGCGUCCCGAGGAGGGAUGACGCGAGAGACGAUCGCGGCUCGAAAAAUUUCAUGGAUGUAGGAACGAUUUUUGAAGGGGAGGAGGACGAUGACGACGGAGCGCAAAGUCCGGAAGUAGACACGGACUUCCGGAGAAGUCCUUCAGUGUCGGCGGAUUGGAAUCGAUCCUGGAACGAUCGCGAGGACGAGGAACCGAUAGUGCCCCGAUACGACAAUCGCACGAGGUCGCACGAGGACGAGCGGGACGAUCGCGAUCCGGGCGAUUACGACUCCGGGAUGUGCUCGAUCGGCUCUCGCGACUCGGAGAACAGCGAGCGCGAUCGCUGGCGACGUUUGUACCGAGUGCCGGACAACGAUCAUUCCGACGGCAACGGGCAGAUAUCGUCGAUCGGCGGCAGAAGGUUCUGGACCACUGGCGGAUACAAAUACCACACGUUCGGUGGCAUCAGGAUCCAGCUGAAGAAGGUGGAGGAUCCCGACGACGAUCUCGAGGACGAGUCGGUCUCGCCGGAGGACUCGUUCGCGGACCGUAGCCCGGAGGUUGAAAGUUCGCAGUUCGCGAAAUUGAAGUUUCAGACUUUCGGCGGGAUCAAGAGGAGCAGGAGGAUCGACGGUAGGAGGAUUCCGAACUACAGGAGGAUCCGAUUGAGGCCGAUCCUGCCGGAAGCUGCGCCCGCUCUUGACACCGAGAGUGAUCGCGACCUCGUCGAAACGGAGAGAUCGAUGAAUCGCGAUUCUAAUGUUGAUCGUUCGGAAAGUUGCGAUCCGCCAACGAACUUGAAUCGUUCCGAGAAGGAUUUCGAAGAAUUCGCUAGCUUCGAGCACUCGACGAGCUCGACUUUCGAGGAAAGCGACUGCUGGCAAGACGAGGAGGAUGACAUCACGAAUAAUCGGAUUUCCACAGGAUAUCUGCAAAUUGAACGCGACAGGAAUCGCACAAACGCUUUCAGGACGAGCUCCAUGACAAAACGCAGGAAUCUGAUUCGUAAAAGAAACGUAAAUUCGUCUUCCUUCUGGUCCUUGCCGAACGAGGAUGAUGAGUGGCGGGAUAAAAUCGAUUGCGCGUCUGACGAAAUUAUAAUGAACAAAUUUUUGAAGGACGUUUCGAGAAGGAGGAAAGCUUCUGUAUUCAACGACAACGAUGUCGUGGCGCAAGGAAGAGAAACAAGAUCUAAUAAGCAACGAGUUUUUGAAGAUAACAGCGAAAAGUUAGGGAAAUCGAUAAGCAGAAACACUGAAAGGAAUCUGGGAAGCUCAAAGGAAUCUCAGCGAGAACGGAAAAGCGAUGAUAAGAAACAUUGCAAGAAGUUAUAUGUGCGAAGUUUGAGCGACGUCACGAUAUGGUGACGUGAUAACGACAAAGGUUAACUUGAAGCUGCGAUGUAUCAUGCUAAUAUCUGUGGCAUGAUUGCCAUAAAAAAUAUGAAGUAGAUUAUACUUCGACAUAAGUCAUCCUAGACUAUUGUUGCCAUAUUAUAUCUCAAAACAAAUUCUUAUUCUAUUUAUUUAAAAUUGUUCUAUUGUCUCCUUGUUCUAUUUAUUUCAAAUUCUUUUUAUUAAUAAGAUUUAAAAAAAAAUAAGAAAAAGUGUGAAAGAUAAAAUAUUUCAAAAUGAAUUGUGGGAUUCACAAUGGAUUUAAGAUAAAAUCGGAAAUAAGAUUCUCCUUUGAGAAUCUUAAAAAUUCAAAGUAUAAGUAUAGUUUUCGUGCAAUAAUAGAUAGAUUUAAUUACAC